AUGAAGUAUAUGUUCGGGAACUGGCGGCCGCACUUUGGCUACAGACCGAGUCACUAUGGCUCGGAUCAUGGAUCUCGGGGUCGUAGGUCUGUCAUCCAAAGGGAGGACGCAUCCCCGCCGACAAAACUCAACCUUUUUGUAGUGCGAAUAUUGCAAAAGGAGAAGAUCGUGUGCAAUGGCAUUAUUGUGAACAGGAAACAGGUGCUCACGGCCAGCAUAUGUGUGCUGGAUGUCCGGCCGGAAAUGUUGACCUUAAAGGUAUACGAUGAUACCAUAUACGCAGUAAAAAAUAGUUCCGCCAGCACCCGAUAUACAUUGAAUGAAGCCAAGGGUCUGCUGACGCUCCUUGAGCUGGAAAAAGAGUUGGAGAGUCGCUUCCCCAGCAAUCCACCCAUUUGUGUUAAAGGUCCCCAGCUUAAAGAUGAAGUGUGGCUCUGGAGCUGGGAUAAGAACGUAGAAGAACUAAAGGUUAUGCUGGCACGACCGGCUACCUCAUCGACCUGUAUGCACCAAAUAAAGGAUCCCGAUGGAAUGGUGGUUAACAACGCCACCAUUUGCUUGGAGAACUCUGACUUUACGGUGGGCUGCAUACCCAACUUUGGGCUGCCCUACAUGUGGAAUGACAAAUUCUGCGGCAUAAAUAUCCUAGGUCACAACUGUCCCAGUCCCAGCAACGUAGAUGUCUUUGUUCAGUUGAGAGCACAUUAUCCGCUUUACUAA